UAAACUUCUGUGUCUUGUGCUUCUACUGCAGUGACAGAGUAUUUUAAUCUUCAAUCUCAGCUCAAUUAGAUUAUGGCUUCAAAAUAUCACGACGAUUGGCAAUCUAGUAAGAAAACAGUCUUACAAAGAAACGCGUAUAUGUUUGAUAACGAAUUGAUGAGCGAUGUAUCUUUCACGUGUGGGAAAUCAAGUCGCAUAUUUCAUGCUCACAAAUAUGUGCUUGCUACGAGCAGUGCUGUAUUUUAUGCCAUGUUUUAUGGCGACUUGGCACAGAAAGAAUCCACUAUUCGUAUUACGGACGCAGAAGAGGAAAGCUUCGAAGAGUUUUUACGAUUUCUGUACACUGAUAAUUGUAAAAUUACCGCUGAGAGCGCGAUAGGAGUUAUGUAUUUGGCUAAGAAGUAUCUUAUUUCGCCUUUGGCGGAGAAAUGUUGCAAGGUUCUAGAGGCAAGCAUUAAACCUGAUAACGUUUUCGUGGUGUUGGAACAAGCGAUACAUUUUGAUGAAAAAAUGUUAGAAGCCAAAUGCUGGAAUAUUGUUUCUGUGGAAACUCUCGAAUGCAUUAACUCGGAAGCAUUCUGUAAUAUCGGAUCGCAUACCCUGAACGCUUUGUUAAAGAAUGAAAUGCUGGAAAUUACAGAAGUCCAUUUGUUUACAGCAGUGCUAAAAUGGGUCGAUAACGAAUGUGCAAGACAGGGUACAAAUGUUGAAGAUGAUAUUGGGGCAAGAAGACGCGUCCUGGGGGAUAAUGUGUAUGAAAUUCGUUUUCUUGAAUUCUCACAGGAAGACUUUGCAAAGUAUGUCCCUCCAAUCGGAAUACUUACAGAGACAGAGAUCAUCUCUAUAUUUCGGGCAUUUAACGGAGUUGAUGUGGCUGGCUUGAAAUGGAAGGAUCAAGGGAAAAGGAGACCGCGUACAAUUGGUUUCAGCAGAUUCGAGCUUGCUGGUGUCACUGGUUCGUGGGGUUACAGUGGAAAUAAGGAUGCUCUUACACUUGUUGUCAAUAAAGCUGUUCGUUUUCACGGUGUUCGAUUGUUUGGUAACGCUGAUGGUAGCCAAUACGAAGUCAAAUUUACAAUCAAAGACAAAGAUAAUGUAACAGGGACCAAUACUUCAGAACAAGACAAUGACGGUCUGUGGGGAUAUGAUGUCAUGUUACCUAAACCAAUUUCUCUACUGCCAAACGAAGAAUUCACAAUAAUUGCGGCAAUAAAAGGACCAAAUUCUCACAGUGGUACCAAUGGAAAAACAACAGUGAAAGUCGAUGACAUUGUUGUAACAUUUAAAGACGCACCUUCAGGUUUAAGUCCAAAUGGUACAAGCACAAUAAGUGGUCAAUUUUACAAACUUUUUCUGUCUUCAGUGUAGAAACAGAAUAUUUCUCACUUGAUCUGAAUUGGCUAAUAUUGUAAUGGCAUAAAUGGACGACUAUCAUUUGUCAUAAACAAAUGCAUCUAGGGUAUUGGAAAAUUGUUUAGUGAAAAAUCAACCAAUCAGAGAGACUGUAUCUUUGUUCUCAGAGACAGAGGUAUCGGACUUAACUUUAAAAGGCUAGGCCAUUUAUGAUAUGUAAAACCGAUUCACUGUAAAUUCACAUAUCAGUUAGAAUUUAUUACCUAAUAAACUGACUAAAUACAAAAGUAUCAAAA